GACGUUGGAAGGGCAGGCCAGUCUCAAGGAAACCUCCGUCAGUGAAACAACCGCUUGUGAUAUCUGUGAGAAGGUCUCUCGACGUCCCACCAACAUGCCCGAGUACAAACUCAUUUAUUUCAACCUGAUGGGCAGGGCUGAGCUGACCCGCUGGCUCUUCGCCUACGGGGGCAUUCCCUACACCGACGAGAGGAUCGAGAGGGAAGAAUGGCCGGAGAAGAAGAAAAGCCUUCCUUUCUCCCAGGUCCCUAUCCUGAUGGUGGACGGCAAGCCUCUGCCUCAGUCCCUGGCCAUCGCUCGCUACGUGGCCAAGGAAGUGGGCCUCGUGGCUGACGACAACCUCCAGGCGGCCUACUGCGACGCACUGGCCGAUACCGUUACCGAAACGAUGGGGGCCAUGCGUCAGAUUAUGAUGUCAGACAAGGACGAGGAAGAGAAGCGCCGGCAGUUCAAGGAGGAAUUCUACCCCAAGGUGCUGGAGCCGCUCAUGACGAGGCUGGAGAAGAGGCUGUCGGAGAGGCAGUGGUUCCUCGGAGACAAGCUGACUUGGGCCGACUUCAUCAUCAGCAUCGGCUUCGGACACAUCAAGGAAAGGAAGCCCGAAAUCUUUGAGAAGUUCCCUUCGGUUUCUGGCCACGUUGAGAAGGUCCGAGAACUCCCUAAGAUCAAGGAAUGGAUUAAGAAGCGACCCGUGAACCCAUACUAAGCGAUGUAGAUAAGUAGGAAUUAGGAAUAGGCUAUAUAAUUUAACGUAAGAAUGUGUAUACGAGAAGAUCGGAAAUAGGAUAGACAGAGAGAGAGAGAUAAUGAGGAGAGAAGAAAGAAAAGAAUUAGGAUAGAUAAGAAGUGAGGUUAAUUGUAGAUUGUUUGGUUAUUCUAUUGACGAAAAAGACCGAAAGUAGGAUAGAGAGAGAAAAUUUUGACUAGAGAAAAUAUGAAAUUAGAAUUGUUAAAUACGAAAGAAAUUUAAUAGAUAUAUGGUUGUGAAAAUAAGCAUUAUAAUCUCUGCUCAUGGUUAUUUUUUUUUAGUGACUCACACACUAUGUACGAUCUGAAUAAAACGUUUUACGCAUUUCAGUUUUUUGUGAUAUAUUAUCUUUUUUUCCCGAUUGUAUUUUCCCCCCUCUUUCUUUGUUUUAUUUGGAAGUAAUUCAUCUAUUCUGCUCCUCCUUCUGAAUGGUUGUGUCAGUGUAGCACAUUCAAGUAUGUUCUUGUCUUUUAUUAGCACUAUCAUGUAAGCUGACACUGGAAUAUUAAAAGAAAAUCUCUGUGA